AUGGAAAGUAAAGCGCCCGGAAGUUCCCCGCUACUGCACUGGGAGGCUAUGGCAGCAGCCUGGGAUGAAGGGAUGGGCGACGAAGGCAAUCAAUACUUUUCCGCCCUGGAGCUUCCAGUUCUAAAGAGGUUGGUGAAUAUUCGUCCCGAAGCUCGGGGCUUGGAUCUUGCGACAGGAAAUGGACUCGUCGCUCGGUGGCUAGCUCAAGAAGGGGCCUCUGUACUUGCAACAGAUGGAUCGGAGGCAAUGCUAGAACGAGCGCGCGCUCGUACCGCCCUUUGGUAUGAGCGGGGCCAGCUUCCACAAGGCAAGAUCGCCUUUGAUAUCUUAGAUGUGACAGAUAACGAGUCAUGGAAGAAGAUGAUUUCCAGUCAUCCUGAUAUGAACAAAGGAUUCGACGUGAUAACCAUGAAUAUGGCUCUCAUGGAUAUUCCGGAUCUUGAACCUCUUGCUGCGGGGUUGCCAAAGAUUCUACGAAAGAAUGGGUGCUUCGUGGCUACGCUACUGCAUCCUAUUUUCUUUACGUCAGGUGCCGACCGGCAAUUGACGGUUCAUGAGAAUCCUCGGACCGGUGAAAGAGAGUUUGAUCUAGCAAUUGUUAUGAGAAAAUACUUCGAUGUCCCCCCAGCUAGACAGCUGCCCUUUACCGAGAAUACAGAGUCACCGCCUCCAUUUAGCUUUCAUCGCCCUUUGCAGGAGCUAUUUGCACCGUUCUUCAAAAAUGGAUUGGUACUUGAUGCCCUGGAAGAGACGAAUUUUGACGAGACCUUUCAAGACUCAGGUAGACCGCAUGCCGCAAGAAACUUUACCCAAUUUCCAAAAAUACUUGCGUUUAGGAUGAGACAAGCAAAUCUGAAUGAAUAA